GAGGUGAGGAGACUGACAAGGCUGAAGGUAAAGUGGUCCACCGUUAUAUCAAUAAUGCUCAACUAGAAGUUAACACUAAUACAAACAUCAUUUUUGCAGAAUGAGUGUGUUAGGGGAGAAGGACGCAGCCAUAGUUAAACAGCUGGAUGCUGGCUUGAAAUGCAGCUGGAACUGGUCGUGGCUAAAACUUGAAGGCAAGGUCUCAGUGAAAGGGCAAGAGGUGUCCUUUCAUCUAGGAGAUGUAUUCAACAAAAUCAACAGGCAGGGAUUCGCCAGAUGCAUUCUCUGCCACAAAGAUAUCAAUUAUGCUAACAAAGGCAGCCAUGCUCUGCAGGCUCACUGCCAGACGGAAGUUCACAAGAAGAGGGUGCAGAUGAUAGUUUCCACUCAUAGUGUUGCCAGCACCUUCCUUCCAGCAUCAGCUAGCCAGAGUCCAGCAAACCAGAAUCAAGCAAGCCAGGGGCCAGAAACAACCAGGCAGCAGUGCCAGGGAAAGAUCCCCGUACCAGUUAUAAACCGCAUAGCAAAUGCAGAGGCAAUGGUCCUUGGAACCUUGGCGGAGCAUUCAAUGCCGUUUUCUAAGGCUCCUGUAAUUGUUGAGCUUUCCCAGACCCUUUCCUUAGAUAAACCAGCGUUGCAGGGAAUCAAGCUGUCGCGGACGGCAGUUUCAUACGAGAUGAUCCAUGGUCUAGGGCAGACUUACUCUGAGAGGACCUUUUCCAACAUGAAGAGAUUUCCCUUUUCGUUAUAUUUAGACGAGAGUACCUCCAACAACAACAAAAAGGUCCUCUCCAUGCUCGUUUGCUACUAUCAUGCAGACUUGAGGAAGAUGAUAGUGGAGCAUUUUGGGUCCUUGGAGAUAGUGAAGGUAAAUGCUGCUUCUUUAGAGAAGAUGCUCUGUGAGUUCUUUGAGAAAAACAACAUCCCCUGGAAUAACCUUGUGAGUAUGCUGAUGGACUCGUGUGCUGUGAUGAGGGGCAGCAAGACCGUCCUCGAGACCAGGAUGCACCAAUACUGUCCCAACCUGCUCGAUGUUGAUGGGGACUCCUGUCAUCACAUACACAAUGCGGCAAAGAAGUUCUCAGUCCUUUGACAGCUACUUGGAGAAACUGUUCAGUGAUCUCCAGGUUGACCAUCAGUGGAGUCCAGACCAGGUGAAGUACCUCAAGGAGAUAGCUAUGAUUCUAAAUCUCCCCGCCUCCAGCUCACAGAGGGGCUUUGUUCCUCAUCGCUGGCUGUCUGCAAAUGCCAUGCCAUGAUGCCUGCGUUCAAAGCCCCCUAUGAUGGCUACCUCUCCACUGCAGAUAAGGAGCUGUAUAGGGAUCCUUUGGAACUGGUUUACACCAAGUACCACGUCAACCAGGCGGCAAGAGCCAGUAUCAAGGUGGUUCAGGAGGAACUCAACAGGAAAGGCAUGACUCCACAAGGCCGUGAGAGAAAAAAGAGGGUAUGUCAGAAGCUGUUGCAUGAGGAGACGACAACAGUCCUACGGCUCAGCAUCUACAUGGGUGUGCUGGCUAUUCUCAAGGAGUAUAUCAUGGUUUUCCAGCUGUCUCCCAGGGCUCUGAGGGAGAUGGUCCUCGAGGAUCAUAUGCUGCUGCCCUCCAAGGAGGUCUAUGUGGGACAGGAGGCUGACACGUUCAGGAGCCAGAAUCCCAAUCAUGCUCUAAGUACCCUGCAUUACCUGCAUGACUUUUUUUCACUCUGUGAGACUUAAAAUAAUGGUCAGUUUUUGGUGUUUUGUGUCAGCUGUUGGUGCCAUUCCUAGCAGACGUCAGGAAAGCCUACAUCACCACUGCAGUGUACCUCCAGAAGAAGCUCCCCUUGGCUAGUCCGACUCUGACAGCCCUGUCUGCUCUGGACCCUCUUCUGAGAGGCCACUCACAGGCAACCAUCCAGUUGAAGAGACUGAGUGGUAUGCUGAGGCACCUCUUGCCAGCAGACCAGGACAUCCAGAGAGAACUUGUGCGGUUCAAUGUUGACCUGACCGUCCCCAGUUUCAAGGAGGGAGAGAGCAUCGUGGAGUGGUGGGGUCAUGUCUUUGACAAGCCAGAUAAGUACCCGUCCCUGAGUGCGAUGGUUAAAUGUUGCCUCUCCAUCUUUCACGGACCAAGAGUUGAGUCUGCUUUUAGUUUGAUGAAUGAUGUAAUAGACCAAAGGAGUGGCAACAUGAAUGUACCAACAUUUGACGCCAUCCAGACGGUCAAGUACACCCUGCAGUCCAGGGGGAAGACAGCCAUGCAGCUCUUCAGAAGGGAGGAUGUGAAGUUCGGGGAGGUGGACAGAACACUGCAAGAACAUCAACUCUGCAGCAGCCACAUACAAACGCCAGCAGAAGAUGAAUCAGAAAGAAAAGCAGCAGCAGCAGAGCAAGUAUGGCUCCCAAGCAUCUGGCAGUGCUCAGGAGGCCAAGAAACAGACUGCUGAAGUAGAGAAAAGGGCAAGGAUGAGACAUGUGGCAAAACAGCGAAAGCGGGCCAUGAAGACAC